GCUGUUAAAUGGUAGGAAAUACACCCUCAUUCACUGCUGCUAGUUUGCAGUUGACUGGUUUUUGCAUGAAUGACAUAAAGAUUAUUGGUGGGUGAGACUGUAUAUUAUUCAUUCACAUCUCAAACAGCUAUAAUAGAACAUAGGACACGGCACAUCAGUAAUAGAGAACAAGUGUCGAGCUUGGCUCAACUUAUAAAGAGUAGACACUGCCAACUCUUAUUCUUCUCUAAAAUCAGAGAUCGUAGAGAGAGAAGAAGAAUACUCAUAAUGCCUUGGUUUUUCAUAAUAUUGCUUCUCGGUUUCACAUUUGCUAACCCCACAGAAGCCAGCCAUGGAAAGAAACUUCCAUCUGCAGUUGUUGUUGGCACCGUCUACUGCGACACGUGUUUCCAAGAGGAUUUCACAAGGAACAGUCACUUCAUUUCAGGUGCACGUGUUGCUGUAGAAUGCAAAGAUGAGAAAUCAAGACCAAGUUUCAGAGAAGAAGCGAAAACAGAUGAGCAUGGAGAAUUCAAGGUUCAUUUGCCUCUCUCUGUGAGCAAACAUGUAGAGAAAAUUAAGAGGUGUUCAGUGGAGUUACUAAGUAGCAGUGAGCCUUAUUGUGCUGUGGCAUCCACAGCAACUUCAUCAUCACUUCGUCUCAAGUCAAGAAAGGAAGGAACACACAUAUUUUCAGCUGGUUUUUUCACCUUCAAGCCUGAAAAACAACCGUUCUUAUGUAAUCAAAAACCAAGUAUAGAAAAUUCCCGGGAAUUCAGUUCCAAAGAAGCCUCUCUACCUCCCUUUGAUAACCCAACAUUUCCACCUCCACUUCAAGACCCGGAAACACCUGUUCUUCCUCCUCUUACUCCGCUUCCAAAAUUGCCACCAUUACCGCAACUCCCUCCUCUCCCACCUCUUCCAGGGCUACCUCUUCUUCCACCAAUUCCAGCAAAUACGGGAAAGACCAAAACUACAGAAUCUCAUAAGAGCACAACAUUACCAGAUGAGAAAGCGGUGCACCAUCCUAAUCAGUUUGGCUUCCCAACACCACCACUUUUUCCACCAAACCCUUUUCAGCCACCUCCAAUAUUGCCUCCAAUAAUUCAGCCACCUCCACUAUUUCCACCCAUACUUCCUCCUAACCCACUUCAGCCUCCUCCAGCACCAUUCCUUCCGUUGCCACCAAUCCCUGGCCUAACUCCAUCACCACCACCUCCCUUCUCACUUUUUCCUCCUCUGCCUCCUCUCCCUCCACUCCCUCCUCUCAUCCCUGGAAUCCCCCCAGCUUCUUCAUCUUCACAGAAAACAUCUCCUUGACUGAACAGUGAAAACUAUCUAGCUAUCACUGCAUAGCUUCCAAAAACAACUAUCUAUGGCUUUUAAACCCGGAAUUUACCUUUUCUUGAUUACUUUUCUUUCUAGUGGAGCUCUGCUUGUUGUCUAGUAGUGUAUUUAUGUAUUUUGUCAAUAAAAGAUCACAGAAAUUAUUGCACUAGAAUCUAAUAAGCUUUCAGUCAUCAGCCAGGCUUUACAAAUGUAUACUUCCGUGACAUAUAUAAUUAGAAAUGUUUGAG